CCUGGCUUAGAUGCCGUCGUCUGGAUCGGUUCAGCUCACAGACGCGUCCGCGUUCACUUAUCGCACAACAUUUUUCUUCUUCAAAAGGAACAAAACUCGCGUACUGUACCUACUACAACUGUAGUGCAACAAAGGGCAUUUUUGCAGUGCCGGGUAUUUUCCAAAUGAACACAAAGCGACAGACAGCUGUAGCUGCCAGACGCCGAAGUGUUGCGUAUUUAGGACAAUAGUGGACUACCACCGACUUCUCUGGUUUCUGCUUUUGGGUUCUUUCAGUCAAAAUUCGAUUGAAGAUUCAACAUGAAGAUGUCUCCCCCAGACCGAAGGAAAUACGUGCGUGAUCUGGCGCUGGAGAUUGCCAUAAGAGUGCUGCUCUUCGGAGUUUUCGUGUUCACAGAGUUCCUGGAGCCUUUUGAAAGAGUUAUUCAACCUGAGGAACUAUGGCUCUACAAGAACCCUCUGGUGGAGUCAGACCACAUCCCGAAGAGAGUCAUGUUUGCAAUUUCAUUCCUCACCCCGCUGGCUGUGAUAUUUGUGGUGAAGAUUAUACAGAGGACAGACAAGACAGAAAUUAAAGAGGCUUGUUUAGCUGUAUCACUUGCACUAGCUUUGAAUGGUGUCUUCACAAAUACCAUCAAGUUGAUAGUUGGCAGACCAAGGCCAGACUACUUUCACCGCUGUUUCCCUGAUGGACAGAUGAACGCAAAGAUGCUGUGUACUGGAGAACCAGACCUGGUGUCUGAGGGUCGGAAAAGUUUUCCCAGCAGCCAUUCUUCCUUUGCUUUCUCUGGUCUGGGCUUUACUUCAUUCUACUUGGCAGGCAAAUUGCAGUGCUUCACAGCUGCCGGACGUGGGCGCAGCUGGCGUCUCUGUGCCAUGAUCCUGCCCCUCUACAGUGCAAUGAUGAUUGCCCUGUCCCGCACCUGCGACUACAAGCAUCACUGGCAAGAUGCUUUUGUUGGGGGAUUGAUUGGCCUCUUCUUUGCCUACAUCUGCUAUCGGCAACACUACCCACCCAUCCUGGAUGUAGACUGCCAUCUGCCAUAUGCUAGUCUGGCUGCAGCAACUGGCCACAACAUGUCAACCUCCCAAGAUCAACCUCUGCCCAUGGAGAAUGCCACCAGCCUGCCUCUGGAGGGCAUGACUGAGGGACCAGUAUGACUAAUAGAGACCCGACAAGGCUUGCACCCCUCUAACCCCCUACCACACGAUUGUGGUAUGAACCACACUUGACUGACACUUCAACAUUCCAAUGAAUUAGACAAAUACAUUUUGUUUAGUUUUAUCUCUCUUUCUCUCUCUCUUUUAAUCUUUAAGCAGAGUUACAGUUCCUGAUUUCUGAUUAGUUAUACCUAAUUUAAUUACUAAAUAUUAGUAUUUGCAAGUUGGAACCUUGGACAAUAUGUAUAAAAUUUGUUAGUGCAAGAAUCUCUCUUUAAGUACCAUGUAAGUAAUAGUAAGAGCCAUAGUACACAGAAGUUGCAGAAGGUACCUCUUCUAUAAGACAUUAUUGUAUAGGUUUACUAUUACCCAAGUAGCAGAAUUGAUCUUAGACUGAAAUUCUUAGUCUUAGAUGUUUUACUCAUAAGUAUGUAAAUCUUAUGAGGAAAACUAAAUCAAUUCAUUAUUUGCUUCCUUGAUAUGGUUUUGUGCUGAAACAUUAGCAGGUGUGCAUGCAUGUUAACAGCUAGUAUGGAAUUUUGCUAUGUAGCAUUGCUUUUUUUUUGCAUACCAGGCACAGAGGAAUUGGAAUGGCAGUACAGACUCACCAAGUCAUUAUAAUGUUUUUUAUGAUAAAAUCAUGGGUUUUGAACACUGAAAAUUUCUUAAUGAAUUCACUGCCCAUCUAUCAAACUAACAUCUCACUGAUAGCACAUCUUUAAAGUGUUUGCUCAUCUGUAAUACGUCUACAAGACAUUUCCUUUUAGAUGUCAAAUACUUAGAUGUCUUUUAAGAUGUUUAUGAUUUUAGAAUAUAUGUAAAACUAAAAUCUAAAAGAAAUCUGUCAAAUGUCUGUAGAUAGCAGAUGUUUUCCAGAUCAAGAGAUAUAUAACAGACAUCUUGCAGACGUAAGUGUAUCUGUCUUAUUCCUUAUUUAACCCUCUGGUAUAGGUUCCAUGAUUUUAGACCAAAGAAAGUUAGUAAAUUUUAAAACUGGCUACUUCAUCGGAAUGGACUGCCAUGGAAAAUGAAUGGCAAAUAGACAAAAAUAUGGAGAUAUUUUUACAUGUACAAUCUGCAAAUCAGCCACUAUGCAGAAAAGUGCACUGCAAUGAAGGGUUGACAAAACAUCAGAAAUUAUACCUCAAAGAGUGAGAAUCACUGAAUCGAUUCGCUGUUUAUUUUAAAACAUGGAUUCAUUAAUGAAACACCACUGUGUGUUGAUCUGAGAUGGUUCUCCGAGGAAUUUAUUUUUGUUGGCUGCUGACAAUGUGUCUAAAAUAAUAUUCACACCUUUACCACACCUUUAUAUUCAUUUUUGGGUAAAAACUUCUAUGUAACCCAUUUUUUUUACCAGCCAGUGAUAAUUCCAAAAGAAAACUUUCACGUGCAUUUGACAGACCUGAACUGCGCUUAUAUUUCAGAUAUAAGGUGCUUUGUAUAUUCGGUUCAACAGCAUUAUUUUAAAGAGGGUAGCUUAAGUAUUCAUGCUCAGUCCACGUCUUUUGAUGAGCUCUGUAGCAUAUUCUUCAACCGCUCAGGUAUGUCUUUGACCCUGUCCAGGGGCUGCUAAAAUUACAUUUUAAAACCAGUUAAAGCUAGAAAUGCAUAGUAAAUUGAGAACAUUGUUUUAGGUUAAAUUGUGUUGUUGUAAAAUGUGUUCGAAGUCUACGUUACUGAUAUUAAUAUGUAUAAUGACGUGAAUAAUAUUGCCAAAAUUUUAUUGGUAAUGUUUUAUAUUACUGGGCCAUAGAAAAAGUAAUAUAUUGCAUGAAAAUCAAGAUGAAACACUCGCAGUGCACAUUACAAUUUAUAUUUUCAAUCAGAGUGAGCAUGUUUGGAGUUUUUAAUGGAUAUAUUUAAUAAUCUAAUCUGUAAGCGUAGAAAUUAAAUUGUAAAUAUCAGUAGAGAAAUUUUGCAGUUGUACUAUAAAAUAUAUUCUGCCCAGUCUGAGAUUCUGUAUGCUAUGGACAGGGUUUUCAUGAUGAAGCCAAUCGGAAUAUUGUGGUGCACUCUUCUACUUAAAUGAGUCCUUUGGUCCCUGCCAUUGAAAAACAGCCCCACACCACAAGCCUGCCUGCUUUUGGGAUGGUACUCUGCAGGUUAUGGGCAGAGUUGGCUACCUUUAAACAUUAAGCUUGAAAUUGAGAUUCAUCAAACCAGAGAAUAUUGUUCCUCAUAGCCUGAGGGUCCUUUACAUGCUCUUUAUUUAGUUUUUUAUGUGUCUUCACUGGGGAGAGGAUUAAGUUAUAACACACCACUAUAAAUCUCAGAUGGAAUGUUGCAGUGACAUUCAUUUGACUGUAAGGUUCUCUUAAAUCAUCAGGGAGCUCAGUAGAACUGAGGUUCUUGGUCCAGGAGACCAGCUCUAGGAAGAGCCCCAGUUGUUUUAAUCUUUUUCCAUCAAGGGUAAUGGAGACUACAUGCUUCUGUGUACCUCCAAAGGAACAGGUUUUUACUGAGCUCUUCCCCAGAUGUGUGGCUGGAUGCAAUCCUGUUUCUGAGUACUAAAGGCAGUUUUGUUUGACCUCAAACUUGGUUUUUGUUCCAAUAUGCAGUUUUAGCUGUUAGACCUUUUGAAACAUUAAAGGAGUGUUUGAUACUUUCACAAGGUACUGUAAAUGGCUAUAUUGGCAUCUAGUGGAUACACCAUGGAAUUAUAGAAAAGUUUCUUUAUUUUUCCACAAGGUAGAACAAAUCUGUCUCAAUUCGGUCGAUUUUAAAUACUUUUGCUCUAUUUCUAACUUAAAUAGAUAAUUGAUAUAUAUUAUCCAGAAAAUAGUCAGAAAAUAAUUUAGUAACAUGAAAUACAUACGAAAUGAAUAAUAUAACACAACAGAAAUUAAAUAUAGUAUAUACAUUUUUCUGACCACAAACAACCCAAGUGUGACUCUCAAAAGAACAAUACCAGAGGGUUAAUACCAUUAGUGUACCAUGUUAUUGCCAGAGUACCUUUUUUGUAAAGCUGACUAAAAAACUCAAAAAGGUAAAUUAUAUAUUGUCUGAGCAGCGUAAUUUGGUUCUGAAAAAUGGAGGAAGAAAGGUCUCUGUAUGAUAAGUUAAUAUAUUCCCCAUAUAUAUAUAUAUAUAUAUAUAUAUAUAUAUAUAUAUAUAUAUAUUCCCUCUCAAAAAAAUGUUAACCUCUAAAACAUACUCAUGUAUAUUAUAUAUAUGUAUAAUAAAAAAUGGGUAGAUCUGAUUCCAAACUCUGACUGGAAAGUUGGUGUAAAAUUCAGACAUUUUGUACAAAUUAUAUCAAAUCCUGUUCUCACCGAAUGCAAAAAUCCAAAAUGUGUUGUCAAGUCCCUGGGAAAAGUACUGAGAAGUUGUUUUUUUUGUUUUUUUUUGUUUUAUUUGCACAGAAUGCAUAAAGCAAGAUAUAGCAACAUAACAAUAUUAUCUAUACAGGAAAGACACAUACAAAACAAGGACAAAAAAUAAAUAAAAAAGAGAGAAAAACAACACAUUGAUAAUAUGCAUAGGUACAGUGAUGUGAUUUAUUCAUUUAAUGUAAUAUCAUAAUAAUUCUUAUUAUUAAGUUUAGAACCACUGAAAUAAAACGAUUUUACUUAGAGUACACAAUAUGCCUUAAUUUAACUCCAAAUUCAUGUCAUAUACCUCUGACAAGUUUCCAAUCGUUUGUAUAUGGAGAUAAUAUUUUAUUAUUAGACUAUUUUUUAUUGUUUCCUAUUUUUUAAUCUAUUACAAUUUAAGUUUGUUAAGUUUAAUUUCUGAAAUGUAGCACUGAGAUAGCAUGAUAUUUUGACACUUUGAGUCAAACAAUAGUAGCCCAUCAUACUGUAAUGUCAUUAGUGUAGAUACAGCAUUCCAAGUCUAAAAAUCACUGUUGGCGCCAUAGGGGGGCCUGAGGGGGCCCGGCCCAGCCUUCUUAAACACUGUGUCCCCUCACCUCUGCUGCUGUCUCCGUAGUGGAUGCCCUGAUUUUAGUCUGUGAGGCAGGGUACUGCCCUGAGAAGGUCUCCCAUACUGUUAAAUAUACAGAUUAAAAGCUAAUCAUGAUCAUUUAGAUUCCUUCUUUGCAAAUUUUUUUAUUUAUUUUUUUGUUCAGGUUAUGCAAAGCGAAAUAAGUAUGGUAGCCUGCAUUUAGACAGAAUUAUUAACUUUGCUAUUAUUCUUAAAUUUUCAAGCUGUAAACACUUUAUGCCGUUACUGUAUGAACAAAAAUGACAAUUAAAUUUAAAAAAUACUAAUCUAUCCUGAGACCCGGGUAUGGAAUUUUUGCCUCUGUAGUGGACAUUAUAUUUUAGUGGAUUUCUCUAAGAACUCACAUGUCACAUGUUUAAGCUUGGAUGUACUGUACAGCGCUAAUUCAGGGCUUUACAGAGAUACCAAAUGUUUGAAAGUUUCUCCAUGACAACACCUUCUCCUAGGUCUUUAAAGAUGGCUAAAAUUAAUUUAGUGGAAAAAUGUACAUCUUUAUGGAAAUAUGAUUAUAUUUUGUAAUUGUCAUUUAAAUAAAAAAACAACAAAAUCUAAUUGUUUAUCAUAAAGCAUCUCAGGAAAAUUUAAUUGUUAUUUCAAUCCAAAUAUGACUUUCUGUUAUGAAAAAGGACAUAAUUUUGUACAUGCCCACUGUAGAGGAAACCAGGACUAAAAGCAAGUUUAUUGUGCUUUUUGGGAGACAUAACAAUUAAAUGGGACAAUAAAUUAUAUCAAUAUUUUUUAUGGACAAUUAGAUUGAACAAAGUUUGGCAUAAAAAUCCUGAAACCUAAAAAAUUACAAUUACUGAAUUAAUUGUUUUUGUCUUUUUGAAGUCUAUGCAUGCCAUUUAAUUUUGUUUUAGAAAAUAGUCUUAUAUAGUCUCAAAUAUAUAAUGAAAUAUGUACAAAAUCUAAUUUUUUAAAAAUGAAAAAAUGCUUAAUUAAAAAACUCUAUGGCUAUGUGUAUUCUCUAUUGUAGAUCAGUUAAAUAUCUAUAGUAUUAUAGAUCAGUUAAUUAUCAACUCAUAAAAGACAUAUCUUUUUCCCCCAAUAAAAUAAAAAAAUACAUUUGUGCCUGACUUUGUGCGUUCUAGCACCGACCCUGGUAAAAAUGCCACCUUUCUGUGAUUAAAAUCACAAUAGCUGUUUUUCGUGGCUUACUACUAUAAAAUACAGAUAAUAUAUUUAGAAAUAAUGUCAGGUAAAAACAGAUCAUAAUAAGUCUGUAUUGACAAAUUUAAUUUGUGCUAUUGGGCUAUAUUUUGGUUUACUUUGUCUGCUAAAUCUUGCUGCUUAGGGAGCUUUCAUACUAGUGCACUUUUCUAUUUUGCCAUUUUUAUUGUAUAGCCAUUACCUAACAAACAGCUACCACUCUGAUGAUAAAAAACAUACCAUGGUUCAGAACCAAAAAGUAGGGUGGCCAUGUGUGCUAUUUUUCCAUGGCACAUCCUUGCCAGAAUUUGUUUUGGCUUUGUUAUCCUGUUUUCAUACUUGCUGAAGGUACUGAUCGAAAAGUAGUUGACCAAUAACAUGCGAGCAAUGUACAUAAUGGAACAAUUAUGGUUUAUAAAAAAGGUGGGAUCAACGGUCAAAGUGUUUGACAUGAAGGUACCUUUAGAGUGUUUUGAAAGCAUAAGGAAUGCAUGUAUAUCUGUAUAGUACUUUGAUGUCAUACAUGAUCAUCUGCAAAUGCAAACAAAGCCAAAACCAAUAUAUUUUAUGCAAUGUAAAAAUCCUGGAUGUGUUUAGGAAAAAUGGCACAUAUGGUCACCUUACAAAAAGUAUCAUGUGAACACAAUCCAGUUGGGGCAACACAAGUAGGUUCAAUCAAAUUGGGUUUCAAUCAAACGAAAUAUGAAUGGUUAUUAAAUGCAUUUUUGGACAUAAUGGUUGUCCAUGGCACCCUGCCAUUAAAUAUAGACCUGCUGCACUUCAGUGUCCAGAGACUCAAGGCAUCGGCAGUCAUUGCCACAGAUACUCACUGUACGUUACACAUUGGAAUUUCUUCUUUAUUUCACUUUAUCUUAUUUUGUGUCCUUCAACCUAUACGUUUUUAAAAUUCUUUCUUUUCAUCUUUAAAGCCACAUACACUAUUAACUGACAUACUACCAUGUAGUAUUUCAACACAUGUUACUGCCAUAUUAUAAAUACUUUUUUUUUUAUGAAUUUAUUUUUAACAUGUACAAUACAUUUUGUUACAAUGCCUAUUAUAUUGAUAACAUACUGUGUUAUUCGUGUCUGGUCACUGGACACUGGUUUUUGCCAAUUAUUUUAUCAAAUUAUUUCUUUAGCUUUUUGACUUUCUCAAAUAAUUUUCAUCAUAAUUUGAUCUCUUCCUGUUGCAUUUUCUGUUCUGUUGGUUUUUUGAUUGUCUAUAUCCAUCCAUUCUUCAAGCUGCUUAACCUCUGUAGGGUCACAGAAGGGCUUCCCAGCAUUUUGGGCCAAUAGUAAGGGAAACGCCUUGGACCAGGUCCAAUGUCUGGACCUCCAAUACCAGAAGUAAAAUAAUAUAUAACAUUAUAUUAAUUGUACUUUGGCGAUGUACGGAUAAAAAGCUACAUAAAAGAUAAUACAUCUUCUUAUCUGAGAUGCCUCAGCUUUAGGGGUGGGCAAUAUAUAGUUGGAAUAAUUUUUAGUAUUUUGUAAGUUUGAGUAUUUUGCAAAAAUUCAGAGCGCACACAUACAUUACAUGAAAUCUAGACUAGUGAGGGCUUAUUUAGAGUAUGUUCUUUCACUGCAUGAUUCAGUCUAAUAAAACUUAGAAUUAUUACAAAUUCAAGGCACGGAGCAGAAAAUAAAUAAAAAAAACUUUACCACUGCAUAUAGUUAAUCAAUUACCUAUUUUUUCACGUUUUAAAUUAUUUAAAAUAUCAGUUUUUUUCGAGAUGUUGUUGUCACCCCAAGGAAAGUGCUCUCUCACCUGCCCAGAGGAUGUAUUUGGCUUGGGUUGUAUGUGACUCCAAUAAGGGCACAACUGCCUCCUGCACGUGUAGAAUCUAUUCUAAACACCGUAAAGAACGUUUAAACAAUGUUAACUUCUUUCAAAAUAAAUUUAAAAAUAUAUAAAUGUUUAAUCUAGACACUUAAUUUUAAUGAAGUCUACCAGGGUUAUAACUUGAGUUUAUUAAGAUCUUAAACAUAAACAAACUAUAUCUUCUCUAUUUCCAGUUUGUAGCGUGGAUCAUUCAUUGCAACAUUUAAUCUUAAUUUGUUAUCUUGAAAAAAAAAUGUUCUACUACUUGUUUUUAAACAAUAUUGUUUUAUAACGAUAUUAUUAUGCACACAUGAGUCAAACCUUUCUCAGGGGAGUAAGUCCCUGAACCUUUCUACCAAUCUCCAUUUUGGGACCUCUGUAUUUUGGAAAAACUUGUGUAUAGCCCUGUCUUGGACAGAUGGCUAGGGCUCACACAGAUACAUAUUCACACUCACAAUCAUACCUACAAACUGGUGACCAGAGCAUGGAUAACAUUAUCAUCUUUUUAUAUUUUCAUCUUUUCUGUUUUCAUUCACUGACUUUUCAUAUCCUUCAGUUGUAAUAAAGUAUAAAAUAAAAAUAAAAUAAAAUUACCAAAGCAAUGUAUUAAAAGGACAUGUCUGUAUGCUCGCAGGGUUGUGCCCAAGAUUAAAGUUAAAUAAUCACCAGUAUUAUAGGCUGAGUAUGACCAUAUUCAUUUAAAGGAAUAGUUCAUUAAAAAAAAGACUCAUGCACGUUUACACAUCACAAUUAACACAGGUUUUUUUCUCCAAAAAGAGGAAAACCUUUUUCUGCUGGAUGUAAAGGACCUGUUUGAAGAUUCUUCCUCUUUUAAAAGCCAUAAACAAAAAAGCUGCGUACAAGUUUUAAAUACCUGUCAUAAAGAUGAGUAAAUAAUCACAGGAUAUUCACUAUAUAUGUUAUUCCUUAAAUAACAAAAAAAAUCAUACUUAACACUCGUUCCCUUUAAAAAGCUACAACUGAUGCUGUAUGUUAUUAAUGCGGUUGAGUACAUUCUUUGUUCGACUGGUUGUGGAGCAUGUGUGGCAAAUGAUGUCACUGAAAAUGCAUGCACCUGAGAUGUUAUAAAUAGACUAGGUUUCCUUUUUAAGAAACUACUUUUUCUCCACAAAUCAUAUUAUGUGUAUGUGUGUGUGUCUGUGUGUGCUUUGUGAUCUAUGCUGCUUUGUUAUUUUCCGCUUGUGUUAUAUAUAAAAAAAAAAUAAAAAAAAAAGGAGGAAAGAAAAAAACAUGGCUAUUUCAAGUGAUUCUGUAAAGAGGUGCAUGCAAAGUGCUUUGCAGGUGUACCAGUCUGACCUGCAGAAAGAAUUGAGCAUGAAUAUUAUUGAGGAGGGAUUCAGAAUUUUGUCUCUCACAGACAUCAAGUUUUUCCUCCACCAUGCUCAAUGAUCCCAGUCCCAACUAAAUCUGUUUUCUCUGAAUAUCGGGUUCUUUCAUUGAGACCAGUCUUAUCUCCCUGCAUAUGUUAAAAUGUGUGGAUGUAGCAGUGGCUCCUCUGCGACUCCAGUGCAUCAGCAUUCUGAAUUACGACUUGCUGGUUUUGGUCCAAUGUCAAAAGCUUGCACUUCAACAUCGAGAUGUUGUUGUCCUCACUCAUCUCAAAUCUCUUGGGUUGAGACGUCACCCCAAGGAAAGUGCUCUCUCACCUGCCCAGAGGAUGUAUUUGGCUUGGGUUGUAUGUGACUCCAAUAAGGGCACAACUGCCUCCCGCACGUGUAGAAUCUAUUCUAAACACCGUAAAGAAUAUCAAGCUAGACCAGACUGUUCAUUACUUUUCAAAAUGUUCUAAAUCUAAUGGCGGCUGCAUUCAUGGUGAUACCUUUGGGCCUUCUUCACAUGAGACCAAUUCAUUUGUGUCUCCAGGGGAUUUCAUCCUAGGGCCUAUCUCCAGAGGACUCUUUGUACCAUGCAGCCUCUCCUGGAGCCUCCUCAGACCUUGGUUUCUGACUUUGUCCUUUGUAUAUUGCCAUCACAAGAUGCUAAUGAUAGACACUUCCGUCACAGGAUGGUUUGCAGUCCAAGAUGGCUGUUCAGCCCAAGGGAGCUGAAGAGGUCAUAUUCUCAAUUGGUCAUAAAUCAAGAGUCCUGUUCAAGGUCAACAAGGGUCCCAUCUCUUACUAUUAGCACCAUGUUGGUCGACUAGAGUGUGGUUCCCAGAUUCAAUAUCCCUCCUUAACAGCUCACUCAGGGCAAUUCUGUUCAGGAGAGGUCUUCUAUCUCAAGAGCAAGUGACUGUGUUUCAUCCCUAGUCUGAGCACUGGAAUCUUCAUGUCUGAGCCCUGAAAGGGACUAACAAAGAGGCAUCCAGCUAAUGUAGCACUAUUAGUCCUAGAAUCCAGUUAUGCCAUCAGAAGUUAUUGCCCUUGGCCUUCUCAAAACUAUAUUGCACCCUAACCGUAAUUAUCUUCAUAGUUCUAUUUUAGACCAGUCAUUCUUUAAGCCAUCCUCAACCAUUUACGCCACCACAAGAGAGACACUUUACUUACUUUGUCUAGUAGAGAUUAACAGCUUUUGAUAUGCUAUAGGAGCUGCAACCGCAGGGUUGCUGCCACUAGACAAACAAUAUGAGAGAUGGUAUUGCCCUAGCCUAUGACUGGCAUGGCCAAGUUUCACCUGCAAGUGUGUGAUGCAGCAGGGUAGUCCCCCUCUGCACCAAUUAAUCAGAUUCUAUAUUUUGGAAGUCCAUGCUACAAUUGAGUCAAUAUCCCAAACUCAUACCUCUUCUGUGUUUGUGCACACACACUACAUAAUCUUGAGGGGCCCAGGGGCCUCAUUUUGUUGCAUAGAAAUCAUCCUAAAUUUGAUCUGACAAUAAUUUCUUGGAAUAUAUGUAUGUGUAAUUCAUAGAAUGAAUAUACAAACAGAAAACGUGCCUCUCUUUCAGGUGUGAAAACUUGCAGGUAAAUAAAUGGUUUCAGCUUUCUAUCACAAUGACUCCUAAUUAAUGUUGUUAAUAUAUAAAAUAACACCGAUCAUCAUAAUUUAGAGCAACAAGCUGCAGGGACAGCUUACAUUUUCAAACAUCUUUAGUGCUCAGACCCUGCCAAGACUCUAAGCGUUAUCUGUGUUAAAGAUGUUUUUUUUAUAAAUAUGAGCAUAGUGUGGAUUUAAGCGUACACACAAUCUACAAUCAAAUCUGUGCAAAUCAACGCUUUUUAAAUGAGGCCCCAGAUACUUUCCAGUUUCCUGAUCAUUCCAUCAGUAUUAAUGUAUUGCAGCAUUGAGUGUAGGUUUUGGUGGGGAAUGUCUUGGGUUACUUUAAUGUAAUCCUAUUUCCAGAACAAGCAGUAACAAGAUGCUGCACCUCAUUGCUGCAUCUCAGUGCGUCUCAACAUCCCUUCAAACAAAAGUUUGGUUUUCCACCAGCUCUGCUCCAUUUUCCAGGCUGCUCUCUUUAGGUUUUGUGUGUGCUCAUUAUACCAUGUAGUCAGACUGUUUUCUUUCAUCUUUCUUAAGUGUAAAGGAGCAACUAAAGAGCUAGAAAAGAAGGGGUCCAUAUGUUACAUCAUGAAGUUUUCAGUAUGACGUUGGUCAGCUUCAACUCUUCUAGGAAGGCUGUCCACAAGAUUUAGGAGUGUGUUUAUGAGAAUUUUUGACCAUUCUUUCACAAGCACAUUUGUGAGGUCACACACUGAUGUUGGACUAGAAGGCCUGGCACUCCAUUUCCGCUCUAAUUUAUCCCAAAGGUGUUCUAUCUGUUUGAGGUCAGGACUCACCAGAGACAUCAGACUCCAUGUCAUUUAUGUCUUUAUGGACUUUGCUUUGUGCAUUGGUGCACAGUCAUGUUGGAAGAUUAAGGGGCCAGCUCCAAACUGUUCCCACAAAGUUGAGAGCAUGGAAUUGUUCAAAAUGUCUUGGUAUGCUAUAGCAUUCAUAGUUCCUUUCACUGGAACUAAGAGGUCAAGCCCAGCUUCUGAAAAACAACCCCACACCAUAACCCCCCUCCUUCAAACUUUACACUUGACAUUUUUUAUUUGUAUAGUGCUUUUAACAACACAGGUUGUAUCAAAGCACUGAACAGUAUAAAGUAGAAGAAUACAAUAAUAGGGAUGUAUAAUGAUGAAAUUUAACAAUUUGUUAUUAAA